UGAACACACAAAGCGGAAGCAGUGUCUGUAUGUAUGUGUGUGUGUGUGAUCAGGGGGCAGUGGACCCACAGUCUCGGUUCAACACAACCGGCCCAACUCGUCUCCACCGAACCCAACAUGGCCCCGCGCUGACGAGCACCGGCGGCAGUGGAAGACCGAGCCUCGCCUCCGUGAGUCCUGCCCGGGCCGAGACCCACCAACCCCGCCGCCAUGGCCUUAGCGUCCCCCCGCUGCACAUCUGUCCGACCCCCCGCUCUGCUGGCCGCGGUCGCCCUGCUCCUUCUCUCGGCGACCGCCGUUCGGUCCUCUCAAGGCGACAAGGAGCCGGUGUACCGGGACUGUGUGAAGCAGUGUGUCCGGACCAACUGCACCGGAGCUCGGCUGCGGGGCUUCCAGUCCGCCCAGCCGCAGUACAUGGCGCUGACAGGUUGGACUUGCCGUGACGACUGCCGCUACCAGUGCAUGUGGACCACCGUGGGUCUCUACCAGGCUGAGGGCUACAGAGUCCCACAGUUCCACGGCAAGUGGCCGUUUACACGCUUCCUGUGUUUUGAAGAACCAGCGUCUGCCCUUGCCUCUCUGCUUAACGGCCUAGCUUGCCUUCUCAUGCUGCUGCGCUAUCGGAGCACGGUGCCACGCCAGAGCCCCAUGUACCGCACUAUCAACGCCUUCUCUCUGGUGUCUCUCAAUGCCUGGUUUUGGUCCACAGUGUUUCACACCCGGGACACUUAUCUCACUGAGAAAAUGGAUUAUUUCUGUGCAACAGCGGUCAUUCUUUACUCAAUCUACCUGUGCUGCGUCAGAACACUGGGUCUGAGGCAACCGGGGGUCUCCAGCAUGGUGGGAGUCCUGCUCAUCCUGACCUUUACCUCACACGUGUCCUACUUGACCUUUGUCAGCUUUGACUACGGCUACAACAUGGCUGCUAACGUCACCAUCGGUAUGGUGAACCUCCUGUGGUGGCUGUGUUGGUGUUGGCAGAACCGGCGGACGCUGCCGUACUGGUGGAAGUGCGGCCUGGUGGUGCUGCUGCUUCACGGUCUGGCCCUUCUGGAGCUGCUGGACUUCCCCCCGAUGCUCUGGGUUUUAGAUGCUCAUGCUGUGUGGCACCUCAGCACCAUUCCUGUGCACUUCCUUUUCUACAGUUUCCUGAUCGACGACAGCCUCUACUUAUUGAACACAGAGAAGAUGGGUGUCAAAGUUGAGUAGGAGGAGCUCAAUGCCUCUUCACCACGCCGACGCCCUCACACCCCUGCGACCGGGGCUGCUGGAAACCCAAACACGGAAGUAGCUCAGCCUCCCAGAUGACAUGCAUGACACCGCUAUGACUUCCAUCGAAGUAGCCUUUGUUUACAUUUUUCCAGUUUUUUUUUUUAAAUUCCUUGUAUUUAUUUCCUUUUACAAAAAGAAAGAGAAUUAUCACCAUCGAUGCUUGUUCUACUUAACUUUGCCUUUUCUCACAUGUGUGCUACCUUUCUGUUGCCAUCGGUCGUAACCGCAAAACAGGUUGAUGGAAAAUGUUUUGUAUUCUCUGCCACGGCAGAACCAGUUAGUGUCGCUGCAGGUCAAUAUCCUGUUUCCUGUGACUCCUUAUUGUUUCUGAAAUUGAUCCCCUGAAACCAUGUGUUACCUUUGAGCUCACCGUCACGAGCCUCCACCACACUUGUAUCUGCACAAGCGGCAGUUUGCUGUCGCUGACAAUAGAUGGCACCAAAUCACUUGCCAACCUGUUGUUAACCUGUUUCGUGCUGGUGCACUAUGUGUCCAUUUUUGCCAAGUGUGGACUGGCAGGCACAGCAAUGGUAGUGUGGGGUUUUUUUGGGCGGGGGUACAUGGGGGGGUCGGCUGGCUGCCAGCAGAUUGAUCUAGAGAGAGUGAGAAGGGGGUUUAUGUUUGGAGGCCAUUCUAGCUGACUGUGUUUUUUUUUUCUCUAUUCUCACCAUCACACCUUUAUUUCAGUGCCUCUGUUGUUUCCAUUGCUGCUUUUCUUUCUCAUAUUUGUCUUUCUCAUUUUAGAUUAUCUUUUUAGCUGCAUUUUUAUUUCCACUGUUGUCCACUUUAUUCUGUUGACACGUUUACUUUGAUUACGUGACUUUUAAUUUGGGUAUAUAUAUUGGGAUAUUUCUGAUGAUGAUAAAAAUGGAAAUGUUAUUUUUAUUCACCUGGAUUGCCUUUUAGCGUGAGGUAGGAUUUAUGAACAAUGCAACAGGAAGUGUUUAUUUUUCCUAAUAAAGUCUGGAGGUGUGUGUGUGCAUGCACGUGUGUGUGUGUGAGCGAGAAAGAGUGUUCAUGUGUUUGACGUCCAUUAUUUUUGAUUUGGUUGCAUUUCCCGCUGCAGUAUAUCCCCAGAACGACACACACACAACUGGCUGCUUCACAGAAAACUGCCCCCUCAUGUGAAACACUCCACGUCCCUCCAUGCCUUACAUCACAACUGCUUGUCAAAGAGCAUGUUGGUAUAAAAUCAGUUUUUUUUGUCCUUCUCAGCAAAACUCUUGAGUUCCCACCAUGUUCAUCUUCACCCCUCAGAGUUUCCCCUCCAUAUGUGCACUUUAUGGGGUUGUGUGUGUACUGCACAUGUGUUUUUUUGUUUGAAAUACUGCCUCUACCUUUGUAUUCCUGUGUGAGAAUGCCAACAAUGACCACAAUGUGUGUACAUGUUGCCUUGACUGGACAUUGUGUUGUUUUUGCCAUGAUACACUGAUUCUGUGUGUGUGUGUGUGUCUGUGUUUGAGAGAGGGAGCGAGCUAGAUUGUGCUCGACCCUUUUGUAAUAGUACUGAUGUGUAAGUGUGUGUGUGUGUGUGUUGGAAAUUUGCUGUGUGAAUGUGUGUGUGUGAGACGAUGGGUAAAUUUAGCUUUGCUGACAGCCUGUGAGGGGGGUGGGGGAAGACAGAGGACAAAAGACAUGGAGAGGUCGUCACUGGUCCUGGUGGCGAAAAGGUUUUCAGCCUUAGGAGACAAGAAACACUAAAUAGGUCAAAUUGGCAAAAGUGUAUAUAAUUGGUUCAUGUUUAUUGGACCUUUGUGAAAUGGUGUCUAAGACCCAGAUGAGACAAUAAACACUGUAAAAGCAAAAACAAGAAAAGCCCAUUUGAGCAAAAUCUCAUUUUCAUAAAAAUUCUAAAAUCACAAUCUAUUCAAAACUGCAAAUACUUUGUCUACUGUUUGAGAAAACAACUCGUUGAAUAAAUAUCGAUCUCUUUCAGGCGGAA